UAGGUGAGUGCGUGGUAGGAGCGCGGCUUCUCCUUCUCUCCGUUGAACAGACAGAUUUAACGUUUUUUACUCGGAUUCUUAGUCACGAAUUAGCACGAAUAACGCUAUUGUUUGUUAAUUUACAGAUCGCAGCCAUGGGCCGCCGACCAGCCCGAUGCUACCGUUACUGCAAAAACAAGCCCUACCCCAAGUCCCGUUUCUGCAGGGGUGUGCCUGAUCCCAAGAUCAGGAUCUUUGACUUGGGAAGGAAGAAGGCCAAGGUAGAUGAGUUCCCCCUGUGCGGCCACAUGGUCUCUGAUGAGUACGAGCAGCUGUCCUCAGAAGCUCUCGAGGCUGCUCGUAUCUGUGCCAACAAGUACAUGGUGAAGACCUGUGGUAAGGAUGGUUUCCACAUCCGCAUGCGCCUGCAUCCCUUCCAUGUCAUCCGCAUCAACAAAAUGUUGUCCUGCGCUGGAGCUGAUAGACUCCAGACUGGAAUGCGAGGUGCUUUUGGAAAACCCCUGGGCACUGUGGCCCGUGUGAGGAUUGGUCAGGUGAUCAUGUCCGUGCGCACCAAGGCUGGGAACAAAGAGCAUGUGAUAGAGGCUCUGCGCAGAGCCAAGUUUAAGUUCCCUGGACGCCAGAAGAUCCAUAUCUCCAAGAAGUUUGGCUUCACCAAGUUCAACCCCGAUGUAUUUGAAGAGAUGAUGGCUACAAAGCGUCUGAUCUCAGAUGGCUGUGGGGUGAAGUACAUCCCCAGCAGAGGCCCUCUGUCCCGCUGGAAGGCUAUUCAUGCUGUGUAGACGUUCUCAGAGGCAACCAAUAAAAGUGGGUUUGAUUACAAAA